AUGACAGAUGUGGAUAAAUUUAAUCUCUGUCGUCAGGACCCAGAUUUAGAAAGAUCCAACCAAACUCACGUCUUCCUUGCCAAGACAGAUCUUAGUACUGAGGGCCUAUAUGAGUGUGAAGUAUCGACGGAAGCGCCAUCUUACAGAACAGUGCAAGUUGAUAAGGCAUUGAAGAUAUAUGUUUUACCACAAGAACCACCUGAUAUUGAAGGUAACCAACCACUUUAUCAGAUUGGUGAAGAAUUAAAUGUCACAUGUUUCUCAAAGCCUUCCAAACCAGUCUCUAACCUCAUGUGGUUCAUCAACGGGCAAGAGGCCAAGUCAUCAUUCUUAACUUCUUACCCCGUUCAAGAGCACUUUGAUGGAUUGGAAUCAACUGCUCUAGGCCUAACUUUCAUUGUUACGUACAGUCACUUCGCAUUUGGUUCCUUGGGACUUCGUUGCACAGCCUCCGUAACCCAAGAAUACUCCACUCACAGCAAAGAACUAAUUAUAGGAGAAAGUAUUAAAGCAGACAAUUUUCGUUCAUCAAACGUUGUUGUCCAAAAUAUAGCUCCACGUAUAACAGGAGACAAAGGUAGAUACGUCGUAGGGGACAUUGUAAAUCUGAACUGUUCUUCUUCAAGAGAUACGAAGUCCCUUAAACUUUCAUGGUCUAUUAAUGGAAAACAGGUCAACACUUCGUAUCUUAUUAUACAUCCGAAUAUUCACCGGGAAGAUGGAACUUUAUUUUCUCAACUGGGCUUGAGAUUCACUAUCACACAAAAGCACUUACAUGGUGAUGGUCUUAAAAUCAGAUGUACUGCUACGGUUGCUAAGGUAAUUGAUACAAGCAGUAAAGAAGUAUUCAUUGGAGGUUAUCAACAGACUUCUGGCCUUCAUGAAAUAGGGAACUUGGAAGCAGAACCAACCAAUGGAGAAGAUGAAUUUGUGUCUUCUGGGACUCUGAUGAUUGGUCUACCUAUGGUUUGCGUCACAAAUUAUUUCUUCAGCUUGAAAGUAUAUACUUAGUAAAGAUUAUUUCACUCGCUUUAAAAAAAACAUAAAUGGACUUUGUUGCUGUGGCGAAGAGCUCCCAGGUUUGAUGCUUCUGCAAGAUAUCACAAUACAUAGAAUAUCUAGAGAUCAACAACCUGGAUUUACAUGGCUAUAAACAAGUGUGAAAUGCAGGUAUAGGAUUUGGUCUGAUGUGAAUUCUGCUGCUAUUUACUUUUGCUGCUUAACAUCAUUAUGCAUCUGUUCUUCCUGGGGGCAUUUCUCGUGUUGGUGUAAAAUUAGAAUUAUUCUGAAAUACAUUAGAUAUCACUGUUUCUCGCGAACCACAUUUAACCAUAAAUGGUGUAAUAAUGUCAUGAUGUGUGACAGUUCUAAGACAAGACUCACCAUUGUUUAUUUACGUUUCUAGUUAUAUCUAAAUUAAACGCUUUUUAUUCUCAUAAUUAUUUUGUGAAGUCCUUACGUAAUCCCUCAAAAUGAACUGAAAAAAUUAUUUGGGUAUCUUUUUCAAUUCUAUCCAAAUACAUUGUACUUCAUUUUGGUGCUACUGGUAUAAAAGAAAGUUUUAUUUAUAUGAGAAUAUUGUAAUAAUAUUAAGAAAGAUUUAAAAAAUAGAAGGAAGUCAAGGGGUUACAUCGUCGUCUCUUUACUGACAAAAAUAUUGUGCAAGAUUCAAAUUUAUUGUGUUCAAUUAGUACGGUAUCAGGACCAUUAUAAUAUAAGUUUUAGUGAGUAUGCCAGUGCGUGUUUGGACCAAAUAUUAUGUUCGUUACUGUUUUUCGUUUGUGUGUAUGUGAGUGUGUGUGUGUUUGAACAAAAUAUUAUACUUGAUAAUAAUUUUCAUGAGUAUCCAAGUAUCUGUUUGAACAAAAUCUUAUGAGCAUUCGGUUGUGUGAUAGAACCAGAUAUUAUGCUCCUUACCAGUUUUCAUAAGUAUUCAAGAAUUUGUUUUAACUAACUCCUAUUCUAGUUAUGUAUUAAAACCGGUAACUAGCAUCAAAUUUAGCUCAAACAGAUACUUGAAUACUCACGAAAACCGGUAACAAGCAUAAGAUUUUGUUCAAACAGAUUCUUGAAUACUCACGAAAACUGAUAAGGAGCAUAAGAUUUUGGUUCUAUCAUAUACUAAUGCUCAUGAA